GGCUGCGUUCCUCGGCUCGCGCUCACCGCUGCCCACACCUGACUUUAUCAUCCUGUUACUGAACUGGUUUUUAUCCGGAUCUAAAAUCGGAUUCUGAUCUUCGCUCAUUCCUGCAUCCUUGCAGGUGUAUGUGAGAUCACAGCAUGCAUUCAGUUCAGACAGGGUUGUGGAACCCCCGGCCCCCAUCUAAACAUGCCUCGCCCAUCCCUGCCCCGCCCCCUUUCCACUCACGUCCUGCUCACGUGACUUCAACUACCCCGGCCAAACGGAUCACCUUCUACAAAAGCGGCGACAGCCAGUUUGGUGGCGUCAGGAUGGCCAUCCACAAGCGCAGCUUCAAAUGCUUUGAUGCCCUGCUGGAUGACCUUUCUCAAAAGGUGCCACUGCCAUUUGGUGUGCGGACUGUGACCACCCCCCGUGGCACUCACACCAUCAAACAGCUGGAGCAGCUCCAGGACGGUGGCUGCUACCUCUGCUCUGAUCGACGCCAGGCGAAGCCAGUAAACAUGGAGCUGGUCAACAAACAGUCAGGCAUCUGGUACCAUCACGGCCGAAGGCCCCACAGGCCUGAAACUUCAUCCACAACACCGCCUGGCCAUUUGCAUACGCCUUACAGGCAGCGACGGAUCUUGCUGGUGAAGAACAGUGAGCCAGGGAUGAGGAGAAGCGUGGUCCUGAGCAGGAGGUCAGCCAGGAGCCUGAGAGCAUUUCUAGAUGAGGUGUCCGAGGUGAUGCAGUUUCAUGUCCGCAAGCUCUACACCGCAGAAGGGCGCAGGAUUGACAGCGUUCAAAGCUUGAUGACUUGUCCAGGUGUGCUGGUGUGUGUUGGCCGGGAAGCCUUCAGCCCCAUGCUGAUUAACUUUAUUAGGAAAAGCUCAGAAGAAAAACUCCCCGGUCUGGGCAACAGGUCCCCGGGUCUUGGCCCCCGGACUCCUGGAAACGGGGCGCGAUCCCCUGCUACCCAAGGAGUAAGGUCCCCACCUCAUGGAGCUCAAUCCAGAGCCAGUGAGUACAGCGAAGGACGUGACAGCAAGAAAAAUGUUAACUUUGGUCUGGAAACCAAAAAGAGCAUCAUUCACCCUCGCUCUGAUUCCUCAAACCGCUCAGCCCGUUUCUCUUUUUCCUCUGAAAAGUCAUAUGGCAAUGGUGUCAGCACAUUCCCCCAAGCAAAACCAGCUAUUAUGAAUGACGACAUUGAAAAGCGAGUCCUCGUCAAUAAAGAUGGCAGCCUCUCAGUGGAGAUGAGGGUGCGUUUUCGCCUCCAGAGUGACGAGACCCUUCAGUGGUCCACGCAAAUUAAAAAAUCCCCAUCUCUUACUAAUGAAUAUUGCCCUCUAAGCCAGGCACAGCCUCAUUACCUGCAGCAGGGCCAGUCAGAAAGUUGCUCUGACCCUGAUUCAACAUCCUUCGAUCAAGAGGGUGCGGACUAUUCCAGCCAGCCUCUGCAGUGUGAGCUGGAAGGGAACCGCUGCCCCUGCUGCCACCAGAGACAUGAACAGCAGUACGAUUUAUGGGAAAACCCAGCACACAGCCAUAAAUCACCUCCGGUCCCACCCACCAGCAACACCCACGCUAUGAUGAGACACACGCACUCUUCUAGCUCUUCCUCAUCAUGUAAUUCAAGGAGGGUGGUGCGCUGCCGAGCAGGGCUCUCCAGCUGCGGGGGUGGCUCGGGUUCAGAGCAGAGCCAACUGGUCCAAGAAGAGAUGUGUGUGACAGAGCAGGUUGAGCACAGAUUAGAGGUGGAGCAGGAUGGAGACACCCACGUUGAGGUACACAAGGUGAGCCGGUGCUGCAGUCGAAGCGAAGUGGUUGUCAUGGACAGCAGCCUUCGACCGCUCAGCAGAAAGUCAGCUGAGGAGGAAGAAGACCGCCCAUUGUCAGCAGUCAGCAGCUCCUCACAUGUCCUUCGGUCACUGAAAGAGGAUCAAGAUGAUGAGGAUGAUGAACUGCCACCAAGCGUCUCACAGUGUUGCCAUGGCAACGAACCAUCCCCAACUCCUGACAGUCAGCAGCACGAAAGGCCAAGAAGCAACGUCUCAGCCGAUUCCUUCCAGUCUGUCAAACACAAGGAGAGGGAAGAGAGAGGAAGCGGGGCAGUGUCUGCAGCCUCUUCCUGUCCCUGUGGAGAAACUGGUGGUCCAAACGAGGUAGAUCAAGUACUUUGCACCACAUCUAAAACAAGCGAAACCAGGUUGCCAGAAUUAGAGGAAGGAGGGGCAGGUGAUGAUGAUAAAGAGACAAAGAGGGCUGUAAGUGGCUUGUCAGGUCACACAGGACUCUCGGCAAACUCUCAGAAGUCAGGGUCAUCCAGUGUAUGUCCCAACUGCGGGGGCUGCAAACGCAAGGCCAACUCUGUUUCCAGCGGCAGGGCAUCACACAGAUCCAAUCGCUCCAACCAAGCAUCUCCAAACCGAGCCUCCCCAGUUCCCGACAGUGAUGAUGCUGCUUCAGAUGUUUCUACCCAAUCCAACAAAACCAACCUCACCAAUAAUGGACGGCUCUCUGCCACAUCAAAUAUCUUGGAAGGCAAAGUAUCCAGUGCCAUGUCUAGAACAUCCAGUCCUAAGGCAACGGGAAAAGAGGAAGAAAGGGCCCCCAGUGCUACUACAAGCCACAGGUCCAGUAGAUCACACAACUCUGGCUGUAAGGACAGUACUGAUGUUACAGCAGAAAAAGAGGAGGAGAGAAGCCCCAGUGUAGUGUCAAAUCAGUCUGCAAAGUCCAGCAAAUCUAAACAUACAACUGAAGCUCCUGACAUGAGUUCAAUUGAGAAAGCAGAGGGUGAGAAUGCUGUUGAAAGAGCAGUCAGCUCCUUGUCAGGCAGAUCUUGUGUUUCAGUUAAGACCAAGACAUCAGUCAAGUCUUGUAACUCCAACUGUCAGUCAGGCUCUAAAGGCACAUCCCAAAGUGACAAUCCAGCUGUAGAGGAGUGUGACACAAACAAAAGAGCUCCCAGUAGCCUUUCUGUGACGUCUGGAAAGGCUGAAAGACCUGAUAGUGCUAGGUCAACAAAAUCAAAUAUUUCUGUAAAGUCCAGCACAUCUCACAGGUCUACUUGCAGUAACUGUGCAAAAGCAGCAGCAGGUGAAGCCACCAUAAAGGUAACUGGAAAGGAAGUAGAAAUAGAAGUAGAGGAAAGGGCAACAAGUGCAAUGUCAGCAAAGUCCAACUUGUCUGCCAAGUCUAAUAAAUCCCACAAGUCAACUAAAGCUUCAGAAGGGUCAGAAGCUGGGGGAGAUGGAGAAGAAAGGGCACCGAGUCAAAUGUCUGGCACAUCAGUUAAAUCGGACAAGUCUGUUAAGUCUACAAAGUCAUCCAAGUCUAAAUGUAAUGGCAAUGAAACAGUAGCAUCUUCAAGUUCAAAGACAGCAGAUGAAGCUGAAGAAAACAACAACAUACUUGAAGUGGAAACACAACCGAGGCCAGACAGUACAAUGUUAGCUAAAUCAGAAAGUAACGAGAGGGCCCCCAGCGCAGGGUCCUCCAAAUGUCAUAUAUCUAGCUGUAAUCAAAACACAGAAUCAAGUUCUGAAACAGUAUACAAUGCAGGAAACCAAGAAGAUGCUGAGAAGCGAGCUGCUAGUGCUUUAUCCCAUAAAUCAGCUUCCUCUGCAAAGUCUCACAAUACAAAGAUAGAGGAAGAUGGCAUGGGGGACAGAGCCCCCAGUGCCAAGUCCUCCAGGUCCCAGAAGUCAAAUCACUCAGCAGCAUCUCCAGUUCCCAGUGAAGCUAAAGAAAAUCAGGAGAGGGUGGCAAGUGUCAUGUCUGCCAAGUCGAAAUCUUCAAUGAGGUCCAAAACUUCUCAUAAAUCAAAUUCAAGUGCAAAUGUUGCCACCAUUAAAACACCAGUGGCAGAUGACAAGGAAGAAGAUGUUACCAAAGAGAGAGCACCAAGCGCUGCAUCAGGAACAUCAAAUGUUUCAUCUGCAGUAUCACAAAAGUCAAAUUAUAAUGGAAAAGCUGACAUUACCGUUAUUGAAACAGCAGAUGGAGAUGAAAAGGCAGAAAAUACAAGUGCACCAAAAAUUAAAUCUUCUGAGCACUUUAAUCUCCAAACACUCUCACCCAAGAGAACACGUUCACCAAAGAUGCACUCACCCGAUGCUUCGGCUGCAUCCACCAAAAGUUCCAAGUCCCCUGUGCAGCAGUUGUUGAAUGCCUCUGGUGCUGGAGAGACAAGAGGGGCCAGUGCCUUGUCAGUUCACUCCACCACCUCUGCUAAAUCUGGCAAAUCCAAAUGCUGCUGUGGAGGAGCUUCAGAGCGUGAUAAGGCUAAGACAGAAAAGGAGGAUGAGGAUAAGGAAGCGAAGCUGGAGGUGAAAAGUGAGAAGUCUUCUGAGCGAGCAGCCAGCGCCUUGUCAUCAGCAGGUGUGGACCAACUUUUGAGUCAUAACUCAACAGAAUCAGUCUCCCUUGGGUUGCCUGAAGAAACAUCUGACUCAGAUAGUGGUAAGUCUAGUGUUCACACAAGGGCUGAGGGCAAGGCCGAGGGCCAGGCAAAGCCAUCAACUCCCGAUCUCCCUAAAGAUCCAGAAGUUUCCACCAUGAAGGAGGAUGUGGAGAUAACAGGGUCCACCGUGUCUCAAAAAUCCAACAGUACUGGCAGGAAGAGUGGGUCAGCAGUGGAUAUCCCAACUAUUGAAACUCCAGCAAGUGAAGAAAACGGAGUGCAAAAGAGAGAAAAAGCAGAAAGUACAAUUUCAGUCAAAAGCAGCAGGUCUAACAAGUCUUCUUGCAACUGUAAGGCUAAAGAAAAACACACUAAUGCUAGUCUGACCAAAGCCGGAAAUGGCAAUGAAACAGAAACUGUGAAGUCUGCUCCGAUGACAAAUGACAGCAGUGACAGGAACUCAUCUGCAAUGUCGUCAGCAAGUGCUAAAAGUCGGAGCAAGUCCUCUGCGAGUGCAAACGCAGUGACAAAAACAGCUGCUGGAGAGUCAGCGAAUGAUGAAACAGAAAAUCAAGAAAACAGUAGAGCAGCAAGUGAGGCCACAGGGAAGGAAGAUAAUGCGUACAACAGGGCAAUCUCCUCCCAAAGUCCCUGUUGCCUCAGGCCUGAGUCAGCAUCUUUAGCUUCAGAGCAGAGUAAAGGCAAAGAUCCAGUUGAAUGUCACAAGGCCAAAUUCAGUACAGGAAGUGAUUGUGUUAGUGUCAAAACGGCCAAGUCUAAGACGAAAGAAACCCCUAUCAAGUCCUCAAGCCCCUGUCCCUUACACAGCAAAGUAGAGACAUACAGUGAAAGCACUUUGUCUCACUCUCUGUCUGCUGCUGAUUUGCUAAAGGAAACCAUGGCUGCAGCACGCCCAUGCAGCCAACAGUCCAAAGCCAGCAAAUCCAGUGACAGGUCCAGGAGCAAGAAAAGUGGGACGUGUCGAGGCAGCAACCAGAAGGAUAAAGGAGAGGAACUGACGCCUGCCUGUUUGCCCAACACAUCCCCCAGUGAGGUUGUUAGUGAUUGGCUGCGAAGUAUUCCAGCUAACAGUAGCAUGCUAGCACUAGGUGAUGAGUUCAAUGAGGAAGAGCUGAGGGCAAAGGAAAUGAAAGAAAUACCUGGAGAGUCAAAGGAGAGUCCUGAAGGUGAAAAGAUAGACAAGGAGGAAAAAGUUGAACCUGAAGAGGAUAAAGAGAAAGAAGAUGAAGCUAAAUGUGAUAUAGCACAGGAGGGGAAGGAUUCAGAUCCAGCUUCAGGUGAAGCAGAGCAGGCUUCAGGUCGCCCUGGUCUUCUGCAAUUAGGAAGUGAGACUCUGCCUAGAAACUGGCAAUCUUCUGCAGCCGUGAUGAAAGUUCUUCUAAGCUCUUCUCUGGGUCGGUGUAGGAGUAUGCCUGAGGUGUCUCCGGUUUAUGGACGUCGACUAAGCACAUCAGCCAGAGGCCUUUUGGACUGUUUGGCCCAGCUGCAGCUCAUAGAGCCUGCAGGGAGCCCUGGCUAUGAUCCACAUAAGGGUCACAGCCAGCAGUAUGAGGAUAUUAUGGCUAUCCUUCAUUCCCUCUGGCUCACUGAGCCUGGGAAUAUUGAAGCCAAGGAGGCAACAGAAAACAAGGACAGUAGCCCAGAGCAGGUGACACCACCAAGGUCCUCAUCUGGGGUGGAUAUGAGCAGUGGUUCAGGUGGAUCAGGGAAGGAAAAUGGGAAUCAAGGAGGAAAUGAAACCCCUCCAAAAGAGAGAGAAUCUCCAAAUGCACAUGAGGUAGCAGAGAAGGCUGUAGAAGAGCAGGAAGAGGAAAAUGCAAAAGCAGGAGAUGUAGAAAUUGAGACAGAGGACAAGGAAACAUUCACAGAGCAAGCUAAGGAAGUCACAGCAGAGGAACCAGUGCAAAGUGAAGAAGUUCUUCAAAGAAUGGACAGCCCAAAACCGUCAGAGUCAUCAGACAAGACCUCUGCCGAAGGCGGUUCCAAAUCCUUCACAGAUAAUGAGCGGGAGACAUUGGAAGAGUCUAGCCCAGCCACGCCCCCAACUGUCCUGCGAGCACCCUUGGCCAAAAGACCAUCCCAAGACCCAGACCCAGUGUGGGUACUUCACCUUCUGAAGAAGCUUGAGAAACAGUUUAUGGCUCACUACAUUAACGCAAUGGCGGAGUUCAAAGUUCGAUGGGACCUGGAUGACAGUCUCAUCCUGGACACCAUGAUCACAGAGCUAAAGGAUGAGGUGAACCGUCGCAUCCAGAGCAGCAUUGAACGUGAGAUAAAGAAGAUUCAGAGUCGAGCAGGGAGAGGGGGGAGAUCACCUCGGCCGCCACAGGGAACAAAUCUCUCCAGGGAGUCCACUACGACGGAGAAGAGACGUCGGAUGUUGAAGGUCAUGAAGAAUCAGUCAGUGAAGACCGGUGAUUCCAUCAGCGACGGAGAGACGACAGGGGAUUUCAGCGACCAGCGAAGUGACGACGAGUACUGCCCCUGUGAAGCUUGUGUCCGCAAGAAAAUGGCUGCACGGCCUUUCAACACAAACCCAUUAGCAGCUGAAGCGCCGGUGAUGAAGGACUUCGACCUACUUAAGAUACUUCAGCUGAAGAAAAGCCCAGGACCUGCUCCGGCGCCCGAAGUUGCAUCAUCUGCAACUUCCAUGGAAGUUGCAGAUGAUGACGGGAGGAAUCUAGACGCGGUCCAAGAAGAAGAGGAGGAGGAUGAAACCAAAGAGGAUAUCAGAGCCGCUGUUGUUUUAGAGGAAACAAUUGCAGAGGAGGAUGAAGAGGUUGAACAAGAAAAAGAUGAAGGGGAAGCAAGGGAAGAAGAGGAGUCAGGAGAUGAACAGGAAGAGGAGGAGGAAAGUAGUGCAUGCGAAGAGGAGCAGGAAGAGGAAAGAACAAGUGGUGAAGAAGCCAGAGAAGGAAAUGGAGGGGAGGAGGAAGAAUGCCAGUGUAAGUGUGCCAGAAAUGAGGAGGAGAGUGACCAAGAAGAAGAGGGAGAAGGGCAAACAGGAGAGCCUGAAGGAGAGACAGGACAAGAUGAAAAUGAGGGAGAGAUGGGAACCAGCAAAGAAGAGGAGGAGACGAGCGACCAAGACACAAUAAAAGAGGCAACAGUGGGCAAAGGAGAGACCACAGAAAAUGGAGAGAGUGAUGAGGAAGUAGAUGAAAAAGAAAAAUCCACAGACAGCAAAUGUGAGGAAGAGGAGCACGACAGUGCCGCAAAAACUACAGAAAAUGAACAGUCGACGUUGGUGGAGGAGGGAAACAUCAGUGCAUCAGCAGAGGAUGAAGAUGAUGGGGAAGAGGGCACAGGAGAGGAGGAGGAGUCGACUGAAGACAAAAAGGAGGAAGAAAGUGAAGAGCAGGAAGGGGAGGCAUCCGAAGAGGAGAGAACCUCACCACAGGGGCAGGGAGCGAAUCCAGCUGUCUGCACGACCGAGGGAGAGGAGGCCGACGCCGAAGACUCAGACGCAGACAGCAAACGUCCGAGUGACACCGGUGCUGACGAAUCAGGAUGUGAGGAGAAGGAGGAGAGCGGAGGAGAUGGAGAUGAGGAGCAAGAUGCUGUUAAGGAGUUCAAGCCGGAGGAAGAGGAUGAGGAGAAGGCAAAUGGGAACAAAAGAGAUACCGGCGCUCUCCUGCAUCAGUUCACCAGAACCUCAGUGGAGUCCCAGCCAGGCUCGCUGGAGGACAUUGACACGGAUUCACCACAGAACCCUGUGGACGCCAUAGAAGUGCCCAAAAUGGCUGACAGCAUAUCCACAGGUGGCGGUAAGGGCCAGAGGAGGAGUCGGUCUCCAGCCAGGGUUAAACGACGCAAACCCAAAGAGGGUGAUGACAAAUUGGACAGCUUUUAAAUCAAGGAUACACUGUAGGACAGUGCCAGGUGAAUCACCAACUUCGUGAACUUUGUGGGACUGCACUGGUUUAAUGUAGGUUUUUUUUUGUUUUUUUUUUUAGAUAUAGGUUUAAAGACUCCCUUAAACACUUGAAGCACUUUAUUAAUCCAGGUCUCGUGCAGGAGCAGCAAAUGUGACUCACAUUAAAACAGCAAACUGUAGAGACUGAAACUUGAAACCGGUUUAUCAUACAUGAAUUAUAUUGAUAAUGGAUAUUUAUUUAUUUUUGAAGUUAACUGUAUGGAAGAAGACAUGAGAAUCUAUUUUUGAACAAAAAAAACAACACUUGGCAUCUGUGGAUGGCUUAUCAGAACUCAGUUUUGUGCUCACUGGGCAGAUUUAUUGCUGCAUUGAAUGGUGUAUGAUACACACACAAAUAUUUACGUGGGUUAUCGGUUCACUUCUGUGUUUAUUUCGUGGACCUGUCUCACUGAGUCAUUGCUGGAGUCUCAGGGGUUGCUUUGAAAAAAAGGUCAUCUCCUAGCUUACUUAUUAUUUAACUACCUGCUUAAAUCUUUAAUCCGUUAAGAAGUCUUAUUUUUAAACCUAUGCAAGUUCUGUAAUGUGAUUAUAUUAAGUAAUUUUUUUUUUUUGGAAAAUAGGCUUGUUCGCUUUCCUGCUAUGAGCUAGUGUGAAAAUUGAUACCACUGUCAAGCGUACAUGCAGGGCAGUCAUUAGGUUAGCUUCCCUUAGCUACUUAGCUACCUUUAUCGCUGCUAAAACAAAGCUAGGCUCACAGUUUCCUCCUUCUUCCAGUGUUAAUGUUGAACCAAGCUAAUUAGUUCGUGGCUUUGUUCGUUUAGCUUACAGACAUGAAAGUGGGAUCAGUUUUUUUUAUUUAAAUCUCAGCAAGAAAGUGAACAAUAUUUCCCAAAAUGUCAAAAUAUUCUGUUUUCAGGUACCUUAAAGUAAUACAAACUGUAUUUUAACAAUGUAUUAUCCUUGAAUUCUUGACACUAACAAUGUGUUUUACCUUCAACUAUACUGUACCUCACUAUAUUUAUGUAGUCCUGUUACUGUGAUCAUACUGUAAAUGCUUUAUUCCCCCCAGGAAUAUCAUCAAGAAACAGAGCGCAUGUAUCUAAAGGAAAUUCUAGGACGAGACCGUCUGAAUUUCAGGGUGAUGCAAACCUUUUCUCUGCUGCUUUGGUGAAGCAGCUUUCCUUAGCUGUGUGUUACAUGCUGUAGAUUCAGGUGGGGUUUGCAUAACCAGCCAUGUGGAACAACAGCGUGAAACGUGUUACUGAUGCCUUACUGUAUCCAUGGUUAUAUAGAGGAUGAUUGACAGAAACAGAGGGGGGAGAUCACGCUCUCCACAAGACUCACAGAGCCUGUCAAAGAAGCUGGAAUGAAUCAAGGCUCCUGUUUAAAAUGCUGGAAGCUAUUCCUUUAAGGACCCCUUUAGAAGUAAUUUUCUGUCAUUUUAUCCCAGCCAGGCUGAGUGAGCCGGGCUUCAGGCUUACUCUUCAACUGUAUUUAAGGGCAGAGAUCCUCUGCACAUGGUCAGUGUGUGCUCAGGGCGGUGAGAAUGAGGCGCUUAUCUCUUACUGCUUAUUUUGACAAAAGCCUCCUAUUUGUGGUUCCAAGAGGGUGUGUGUGCCUAUGCUGUUAUCGGUCUGUCUGGCUGUCCAUUAAUCUUAAGCAUCACCAAGUGAAAAUCAUGUACCUAGUGCAAAUGAAUGUAACAAUACUGACAGAAAUAAAAUGA